AUGAUUGUUCAUAACACUGCGACCACGUUGAUUGUAGUCUUGGCAAUGGUGAGUCCAGCUGUUUUUCUGGGCAUUCUUAAAUUCUUCAGAUCAAUAAAUCUCAAGCUUCAACUUUUUGUGACCUGACAAUUACUACCUCAUCUUGUUUAUGCCUCCGAAUUCCCACAAUUACCGCCAUAAUCGUCGUAUCUCUCGCGUCAUUUACAGUAGUCUGCUCGCAUUCCGUUCAACUCGUUACAACGUGCAAAGGUUUCUGCCGCUUUUAUGAAAACACUCUCGGAAUUGGGUUUAUCAUCAUUGCUUCGGCGGGAACAUCAGCCUACAUUUUUUACGAAGAGGUCGCAACGGAGAUCAAACCGUAUUGCAUUGCUGAGUCCAGUCAUAACAGAGACAAAAUGCUGACUAUGUACGAGACGUUGGCCAUUGUGGAUGUAACGUGUGCCAUCUUAUGUUUUGCUCUGGUUGCCGCGACAAGGCAUAAACUUCAGAGGUAAGUGGUGUUGAAAUUCUAAGCGGAAAGCUUUGCUCUUCUUCAAAAUAUCAGCAGGAAAAGCAACCUAAUGAUCUUGCUGAACGAAAAAGUCAAUUGCAUAAAUAAGCAAGUUGCUUGUAUACUGUGUCUCAUAGUAGCCAGAAAAUACGAUUUAAAAUCAGAUCGAGAGUAAUGCCCGUAACACGUUUCUGGCUAGUUGUUUUACACAUCCACCAGCAAUUUUAUUCAUUUCCAAACCGUCUAUUUCGGACAGCUUCAGGGUCAGAAACGAGAUUCUUCAUAUGUUUUAACAAUGCGACUCUCUCAGUGAGGUCCAGAUUUUUUAUUGUCCAACGCUAUCAAUUUCUAGAAAAUUAAGAGUAUUGCUGUGGGCACUUCAAGAACUAAGCGCUAUUUCUUGCUGAUCUGACUUCUUUUUCAGCAAUUCCCACGAAUUCAAGCUGAGUCUCCACUUCGAGUUGCGCUCAAAUGCCCGUGCCCUCAAGACCAACCUCAUCAAAUGUUUGGUGCGGAUAUUUAUCUUCGACACUUUUCUCUUCCUCAACUUUGUGAUCCGAGUUGUGAUUGAUCGAACAACCAAUCGCUUGGGUUAUACAGAAUGGGUGAACGCAAACUAUGUGAGGAAAUGUUUGUAGAUUACAUCCGAAAAUUCCUUUUUUUCAAUUAAAGUAAUUUUUCAGAACAUCCAAGUGUAUGCCAUACUAUACGCGAUAUUAAUUCAAUACGAUCGGAAGAUUGUUACAUCGUCGAGAAGAGUUAUUGAUUCCGGCGCCGAGGCCGACCAAUAUCAUCAGGAAAUGAUGAAAACUUGGCUGACAGACAUUAAGCGAUAG